AUGCCUAAAGGAGGGAGAAAGGGGGGCCACAAAGGCCGGGCCCGGCAGUACACGAGCCCGGAGGAGAUCGACGCUCAGCUCCAGGCCGAAAAGCAGAAGGCCAGGGAAGAAGAGGAACAAGGAGAAGAAGGUGGAGAUGGGGCUGCAGGUGACCCGAAAAAAGAGAAGAAAUCUCUAGAUUCUGAUGAGAGCGAGGAUGAAGAAGAUGAUUACCAGCAAAAGCGCAAAGGCGUGGAAGGGCUCAUCGACAUUGAGAACCCCAACCGGGUGGCACAGACAACCAAAAAGGUCACGCAGCUGGACCUGGAUGGGCCCAAGGAGCUGUCCCGAAGAGAAAGAGAAGAAAUCGAGAAGCAGAAAGCGAAAGAGCGUUACAUGAAGAUGCAUUUAGCGGGGAAGACAGAGCAAGCCAAGGCCGACCUUGCCCGGCUGGCGAUCAUCCGAAAACAGCGGGAAGAGGCUGCCAGGAAGAAAGAAGAAGAGAGGAAAGCAAAAGAUGAUGCGACCUUGUCAGGAAAACGAAUGCAGUCGCUCUCCCUGAACAAGUAG